AUGGUUACAACACGAGCCAUGGCUAUGGGCACUCGACCAAAGGCCCAGCCUCUUCCGGCUAAGCCUUCCAAGGCUGAAAAGGCUUCCCAAGCUGCCAGAAUAAAAAAGGAGAAGGAGGAAAAGAAGGCUAAGAGGGAGGCAGCGAAGCGGCUAUAUGAUGCGAAGAAGGCCGCAGCGAAGGCUGCAAAGGCCGCGAAGAUUGCCAAUGCCAAAAUUGGCAAAAGUACAAAGCGUGCAACCGCUGUGAAGGCCAUAGCCACCAACAUCACCAAAAUCACCAAAGCUGCCAAGAAGGCGAAGGCCACAAAGGGCAGAGUUAGCGCAGCUACCGUAAAGAUUUCAACAAAUCAAAAUGAAGAAAGCGAGAAAGAUCAAUAUGAGCCACAGGCCAAAAGACGCAAGCUUGAGACUGCGAAUCAUCCCACUCUCUAUGUGAAAAUGGGUCCUCCCAAAGAAAAGCGUGCAGAUUUACAAUUUGGAGAAUGGGAGUACAUGAGGAAGGCUGAUGUUCCAGAAGGUCUAGAGAACGAAGAUAACAGACCUCUACCCCACAUCUAUAUCGGAGGCACUGCACCGCAGCCUCGAUGGGUCAUCACUCAGAGCGAAAGCAUUAAAGUCCCUUCCAAUCGGCAUGCCUUCAGGAGGAUAGGUAGCUCAAGUGACUUUGGAGAUUUACACUGGACCUUCGAAGAAGGAAACUUCAAGAGAUGGGCCGGGCUGGAAUACCCAGCUCUUUACGAACUUGCGUACUUGUGUCUCGAAUAUACGCUUGCCGAUACGAAGAUCCGAGAGCAGAUCUAUGAAUCCCUGGCCCAGGGCCCCUUGCCCAAGGCUGUGACCGUUGGGAGCAAAUGGCACCCAGCUCUGCCCCCAAUUCCCAUCACAAGGUACUUUGCGACAGGAUCCUCCCAGCAAACCAGUCGAAAGUCAAGUGAUGCGGCCUUCUACUUCCGGGACUAUGAGCGUCCGUUAAUGGCAGUCCGAGCACACACUGAUCACAUGGUGCAGCCCUAUCCGCAUGCCUUGGAUUACAACAUCUCUAAUCGACCGAGUUUGAUGGAAUGGCCCACUGCUUCGCGCUCUGCAAGUCUGGACCCGGAAAGCGAACGGGGCAGUAAUCAGGGCAGCGAAGAAGUUCAGUUAGUCGAUUCCAGGAGGUCAUCUAUGACUGGGGAGUCUGACCUGGAACUAAAUCCAGAGGGCAUUUAUUCGGAACCAACAACCCCUACGCCUCUUGGAAACGAUGAAAAAAUUGCACAUGAAGAAGGCUCAAUCUUUGGUGACACCGAUGAUGUUCAGGUUGAGUCAAGCUCAGCUCAAGGUUCUCGAGAACAGUCACCUAAUAGCCUUUUCUCUGGCUCUGGCUCCGACAGCGAGGUCAGCACUUCUUCCAUGGCCAGUGAGCCUAACAAGCUCAACGCCGCUGACGAUCUUAGCGCUCAAUCGACGAAUAGCCUGUCCCCAGUGUCCCAUGAUGGGCUCUUCAGCCCUGGACAGAUUGCGAGGUAUUUUAAGAAGAAGCGAAGGAAUUUUGAAAGAUUAGGCGGGGUUGAACUUCGCGAAACGUCGGAACGAAAGCGCCAAGCACAGCUAUCCCCAGUGCUGGAGGCACUGGAAGACGUACAGAAAGAAGGAGAACUCGAAACAAGAGGGGUCACAGAAUCAAGUAAACGAAUGCGGACGGAAUCACCAUCAACCCCAUCACCUCCUGCAUCUCGAAGGAAAACAGCGGCUGAGAGCAUGAUGGAAACAUUGAUGUCGUUCGCACGAGUAGGACAAGGAAAACGGGACGAAAAUCAAGAAGCUGCAGCGGAGAAAAUAUCAGACAAGCCACCAGUAGCACUGUUGAAGAAGACUACCACAGGAAAUCGGCUGGGUGCAAGAUCACAGGCGGACGCACCUAGUCCUGAGAUUCCGCCCAAUCUGCAAGAUGGGUUCCUUGAACAGACCAAGGCAUAUCUCAAGGAUCCAGCUCAGAGAGCGAGACAUUUCCCUGACCCUCUUGCUGUUCGUCGAGCCAGGGUGUGGGCAGGGGAGGAGUUGGUGGACCAUGCCAUCCAACCUAUAGUCGACGCUACGCUACCACCAUGGGCUGAAAGACAUCGGCCUUUCAGUCAAUGGCGGGAUCCAACUGAGAUAACACCCACGCCUGCGGCACGCAACAAGGUCUCGAGAACGAAAAGACGGAGCAAGGGGCAAGUGGAGUUUUGGGAUGUUCCUACGAUUUGGAUGGACGUUUAA